GAACCUGGAAGCGAGCUAUACUGUGUGAACUGGAGAGAUGUUGAAUGGGUGGAAGACAGUUGUAAAUAUAUCCCGAUCAACAGCAGCCACUCUAAAUGCUUUUGUGUACACCCAGGAACCUUCGCUCUCAUUAUGCAAGCUAGUGGUUUUUCUAAGAAUACUCGUAGCUUGAACAUGCUGAAUACAGUGGCCGUGUCAGUGGGACUUUUCUUCCUGUUCUUGGCUCUGUUGACCUUUGCUGUUUGUCGGCGGAACCCGAAAGUGAUCAACGCGGCUCUGAUCAACCUGUGUAUAAGCCUGUUUCUGGCUCACCUCCUUUUCCUGCUCACACAGAAAUUUCUGCUUGACAUAGCCUCUGAUCAGUUGUUAUGUGCAGUGAUGGCAGGUGUUCUGCACUUCCUCUUUCUCUGUGCCUUUGUGUGGAUGUUCAUUGAAGCUGUGCUGCUCUUCAUCUUUGUAAAGAACCUGACACAGAUCAGACCAAAGCAGAUGGAGAUGCUUAGCUGGAAAUGUUUAACUGUGAUUGGAUAUGUCAUUCCUCUGACUAUGGUGGGCGUAUCUGUUGGACUGGUUCCUGAAGGAUACGGCAGUGAACAAUGCUGGCUUAAGAUUAACAAAGGCUUCCGCUGGAGUUUUCUGGGACCUGUUUGUGUCAUUCUUGCAUCAAACCUGAUCCUCUUCAUCAGCAUUGGCGUCUUGAUGGUCUCCACUCUGAGAAAGCUGAACAAUGAGGUCCUGCAGACAAAACUCACAAGAAGUGAUAAUGAUCUUAUUAAAAGAGUGAUGCUUAAAGUCCUGCUCCAGUUUGUUAUCAUUGGUUGUUCCUGGAUCCUGGGCUUCUUCACAGAGAACAAUGAAGUGAUAAAUAUUCUCUUCAUAAUCUUCAACUCCCAGCAGGGCACCUUCAUCUUCUUUAUCCACUGCGUCUUCAACCAUGAGAUCAGGCAGCAGUACAAGAAGUUUCUGUCUAGUUCUUGCAUCUUGACCAAAACUGCUCCUAAGCCAUCCAGAAGAUGAAGGCUGGAGCACCACCACUACACUCCUGUGCAAAAAAAUGGUCAAGACCAAAUUACUAAUGGUUUUCACUGAUGGUUUUGGCCUGGUCAAAGUUCAGAUUUAAACCCUAUAGAGAAUAAACACAAACUAGCUUGGCAAUGUUUUUCAGCUGUUUGAAGCCAUUAAUGCUGAAUGGAACAGUACUGACUCUUUUUUCUGUAAAAGUUGUCCUGCAAGUUUCCACACAAAACUUUAACAUUUAAAUAAUUCAAAGGGAAAAGCACUCCCACUCUAAUUUACUGCAUCUAAUUGUUUAGUUCUUGCUAUUUCUGACUAAUGAAGGCCAUUAGAAGUUUAACGUUUUGUCAUUUUUGGCAAGAAAAA